GCACGUGAAGGCAUCAAAGUUUGAAAAAGCAUGGCGACGGAGUGUCCAACAACAAUCUCAGAGCAAUGGAUACGCGACAGAUUACAGCUCAAACAUCCGUGUCUCGGUGAUGUUCGGUCCCUGAGCCUUCCAGGAACAGUAGAGGAGAAGAUUGGACAUCUGGGGAGCUCUCUGAACAAUUUUAUUCGCCUUAAGUCUCUGGAUCUUUCCUACAACGCUCUGGUUUCUGUGGAGGGGCUGCAGCAUUUAAAAAAGCUGGAGAGGCUGAUCCUUUAUCACAACUGCAUUCCAUCCCUUGAAGAAGUGAAAACUCUGUUCCAGCUUCCAGUUUUAAGGGAGCUGGAUCUGCGGCUCAACCCUCUCACCAAAAACUGCCCACACUACCGGGCUUAUAUCGUGCACGCCGUGCCCAGUCUGAGGAAGCUAGACAGCUGCUCGGUCAGAGACACGGAGAGGAAAGUUGCCAUCAUGCAGUUCUCCUCUGAUCUUCCUCCUCAGCAGAAGAGAUGCUCUCUGAAUCUGGCUGAAGAUCAAAGAAGCAGCAGUUUUCGUCUGGCUUUAGUCGACCGUUUAACCAAGAGGCUCUCACUCUCAGCAGAAAGUCAGGAUAUUGUGUUAAACAGAGUCGAGGCCGACCGUGGAGACCAAUCGGAAACGGUCACCGACUCACUGUCCAAGAAAAGAGAAGAGUCCAGAGAGGAAAUGGUACAAGAUUUCACAGAGCAGAAGAGUUCAACACCAAAACAGGAAUCUGCCAAAUCCAUCCUCAGAUAUUCACCCUGUAUCAAUGAUAAUGUUGCAUCCAAAGGACUACGGAUGAAUGACACACCUCCCAUGAAAAGCUCGACCUCAUCUAAAGUAGCUGAAAGGCCUAAAGUGUCCUUUGGUCCUUAUGUAGAGAAACAUACUGCAGACAGAGGACUUCCAAAUCAGAAGGUCUCCUUUAAACAAAUAAGGCACGAAGCCAAGGGACAUUUUACUCCAAACCCUGAUCAGAGCCAGCAUCACAGCUCCUCAUUGGUCAACAUCCGUCCUCCCAGUCCACUGCAACCCGGUUUGAAUCUGUCUGAUCCGUCAAACCCCAUCCUACACCCUGCAAGACUCUCCUACUCCAGCGGGAGCGCCAGCCUGCAGCAGCAACAAGCUGGAAGGACAAAAAGGGGUUCUUACCGGAAACCCCUGGAGAUGCUGCUCAACCUCGUCGACAAACACUGGAGGGGCGAGAGGUCACUUCACCAUAACAACAACUUCCUGUCUCAAGCUGUCCAAAUCCUCUCUAUGAUGGAGAGCGAUAUUUCCAGUCGAGAGGCUGAGGUCAGGACCUUAAGGCAGGAUGUUGAUGCACUUACAGUUCAAGCUGUUGCCCGGGAGGAAGAACACGGCCAUGAAGUCAGGAAGCUCUCUGCUCAGCUGGAGGAAGCUCGCAGAAUCGAGGGCAAACUGAAUGAGCAACUGAGGAUCGUCUUAGAGGAAAAUGUCACCCUGCAGAAACAGCUCAUCAAGCUGGAGCGUCAGUACCUCAAAUCGAUGAUAAGAAGUUCUCCGAUGACUCAGAUCAGAGAGGCUCAGACAGAAGUGGAGGAGCUAAAGAAGGAAAUCGAGGGGCUGAGGAAGAAAGUGCAGGAAGCUGAAAAGAUCCAGGACCUUUCAAAUAUGCUGCAAGAGAGCCACAAGUCACUGGUGGCUACCAACGAGUGUCUGCUAGCUGAGCUGAAGGGAAGCGGAGAACAUUUAAGGCAAAUAUGACGGAAAAAGGUCAGUUGUGUCCGUCUGCAACGGAGUGGAUGCUUCAAGCUGCACUCUGACUUUAUUUAUACGUCUGCCUUAAGGCUAGAGAGCUGCGCACGCAGAUGCACUUUCCUCUCACAAACUUGGCCGACCAGCAUUUAUAUGCAACACAAACUCUGGUUUUGGCGCCGUUUCCACCCUGCGAUCCCACAACAAGUUUGAUUUCCUACUCGGCACAUGUUGGAACUUCUUUAUUUUUGAAUAAUGCACUAUAAAUCAUGAACACACCUGGAGAAAUCUGGACAAACGCGGAAACACGGCAUGCACUGGGUCACAAUAAGCAUGUUAGAAAGGACUUUUGUUUCUCCACAAUAACGGUGCACAUCAUUUGAAGCACAGUAACGAUACUCCGGCGACUGCAGCAGCCACAAAAACACACCGAGCUGCUAGUUUUGAUGCAUGACUCUUCGUCGGCUGAGGCUACAGGCCUGUAACACAAGAAACUGUUAUCUUGGAAAAAUAUCUUACAAAAGUGGCUUCUUUGUUUCUCCUUUCAUGUGGAUGUAAAUAAACAUAAAAACCCUGCUUCGUCGGUUAAACAUUAAAGGUACAGACAAAUAAAGAGUAGCAUUCAAGGUUAAUUUACUUUGCAAACAGCGACUUCAAGCAACACAAGAUUUUAUCACCCAUGACAUCUUAAUAAGCACAAAAGUUGUUAGUCUGGCACAGCAGUUUCAGAGAGAAAGAUGAUGCUCCAUCAUCAUGAAACAAUAUAUUCAGAACAUGCAAAAAAAAAAA